AGUACACUUACUGGCAGCGAUUACAAUCAACCUCUUUCUUGUAGACCAUGGUAGACAGACUGUCCCAAUGACGGAGGCAUGUCCCGGUCUCUGUUGUUCGUCCUCACGGCCGCCUUGCUCGUCCUGACAGGUGCUGCAUCCGACUACUUCGAGCGACUGAGCCUAACACCACUGCCCCUGGGCUCCCUCCUUGCAUCCUUCGAUUUUCAGAGCAAUGAAACUCUGCAAGACUACCAAGCCCAGAACUUCAGAUACUUUCCCCGCUCUCUAGGCCAAGCACUGAAGCAUGCAAACACAAAAGAACUCCAUUUGAGAUUUACUUCUGGCAGAUGGGAUCCGGAUACAUGGGGAGCGCGUCCGUGGGACGGAACAAAGGAAGGAGGUACUGGGGUUGAAUUGUGGGCUUGGAUUGAAGCGACUUCAGAAGACGAAGCAUUCGAGAAAUGGACAACUUUGACACAAUCUCUGUCCGGCUUGUUCUGCGCCUCUUUGAACUUCAUCGAUUCGACCAGGACCACCAGACCUGUCUUGUCAUUCGAGUCCUCAGGCACAUCAAGGGAACAGACCGCCGAUCUACAUUUCCUGCACGGUGUCCUUCCAGGAGAAGUAGUUUGCACUGAAAACUUGACACCAUUCUUGAAGCUGUUGCCGUGCAAAGGAAAAGCAGGUAUCUCAAGUCUCUUGGACGGACACAAAGUGUUCGAUGCUUCAUGGCAAAGCAUGUCUAUCGACGUACGGCCUAUGUGCGACGCUGGCGUUGCAAUGUGUCGCGUGGAAAUCAGCCAGACUAUAGACGUCGUGCUGGAUAUUGAACGUUCAAAGCGGCCCAGGGACAAUCCAAUUCCACGACCAGUGCCGGCCGAACAGCUCGUCUGCGAUGAAUCCAAGCCUUACCAUUCGCAGGAUACGUGCUAUCCAAAAGACAUGACUGAUGAGAUGGCAUGGUCUGUGAGGGACAUCUUUGGACGGUCAAUCGCUGGGGCUUGUCCCUUGGCUGGAACAGAUGCAAAAUCUGUCUGUCUGAAUGUGCCACAUGAGCGCACGGUGAUGAUAACUCAAGACGCGCAAGAGAUCAAAUCAGAGGCUGGGCCAUUGGAGCAUCGGUGCUACCAGCUAACCCCAGCUGCAGGCUUCGACAUGGCACUCACGCAGCAGAGUAUUAACCGAAACCCAGACCUUGGUCAAGAACUGCUUCGCGCCGAGAGGACCAUCACGGGUCAUGGCGCAGCUCGCGGUGGUAUGCGUACGAUUUUCACCAAUCCGUCGGCAUCCGAAUUUGUGGACUUCAUAUACUUCGAGAGCUUGCCAUGGUUUAUGCGACCAUUCAUGCAUACUUUGGCGGCACAGACCACACAUGGUCAAUCUGCCGACGUCAGAGAGAUCAUCAAAGACAUGUACUACCGCCCGGCCAUAGAUCGAAAGCGCGGAACUCAGAUCGAACUGGUCAUGUCAAUACCUCCGGCCAGCACCGUAAUGCUUACCUACGACUUUGAGAAAGCGAUACUUCGCUACACGGAAUACCCUCCAGACGCCAAUCGUGGCUUCAACGUCGCUCCUGCAGUGAUCCGAGUCUUGAACGAGGUUGAUGCUAAUGGGUCGCCGAAAGAUGUCUACAUCAGGACGACAAGUUUGCUGUUACCACUACCGACACCUGAUUUCAGCAUGCCAUACAACGUCAUCAUUCUGACAAGCACAGUCAUGGCUCUUGCGUUCGGAAGUAUCUACAACCUCAUGGUUAGACGAUUCGUUGGGGUUGAUGAGGUUGGUGAGAACAAGCUAAGACGCCUGCUCCAAAACAUGUCGGGUUCAGUGGUGGCUUUGAAGGAUAGGCUAAAAGGAAAAAGUCAAAAAGUAGAAUAAUAAUAGCAUCGAUCUCCGCGCUCAA